GCUAUAUCUACUACGGUUGAUUGAGAGAGUAAGCUCAGAUCUGCUUUAGCUACGGAUUCGAUCAGUUCCCUUACUGGCGAGCAAACCGUACAUCUAUUUAAAACACAUCAGAAAUGGAGCUUUGCCCGAGGAUCAACUGCUGGACUACGCGCACCGUUCUUCUAGUGACCUUUGUGGUCUUCCUAAUACAUCAAGACAAUCAGCAGAAUAUCGCUAGCGCAUCUCCCACCCCAUUACUCAGCGGCUUUGAAGAUUAUUCAGAAGAUCGUCUUAAUGGUGAGCAGCCAAGCCUCUACGAAUUAUUGCUUCAGCGUGAAAUGUUGGCCGACAAAUUGGAAUCAGAAGGUCGUGGCCAUUUGAUCGUACGCAAGUCUGACCGUUCGCCAUCUCUCCGACUCCGCUUUGGUCGACGAGCCGAUCCUGACGUCCCUCGCGUUAGUGCUGCCAGCCAGCACGACUGAAGAAGUGGAUGAUUAUACAAAAAACACAAAGAGCAAAACAAAAUAAAUGUUAAAUCACUUUCUUCUUUAAUUGCAUGAUGUAAUACAGUAAAUUCAUCAUACGAAGACGGUAUCAACUCGAUUGUCAAACCUGAUCGCAGGAUGUAAUUCCUCUCCAUGCAGGAUGCUUUUGUAUUUUAUCAUAUGAUUGACGAAUGCUUAUUUUGGUACCGAAGAACAACUGAAUCGCAUUCUAAAACCCGUAUCAAAUCUUAUUUAUUCGAUGUCAUCACCCUAUUAUUGCGCAGAAUUAUUUACUUGACCGUUUUGAUUUCCAAUACAAAAUAAUAAUAAUAAUAAAACAAACAAUGUAAACACGC